UCAUUGCAGCUUCUAGUUCCUGUCUCAGCACUGUGACCUGGGACGCCCCGCCCCUUCCCCAAAAAGCUCCGUCCCUCACGUGAUAUCAUACCUACCAAAAGCAACCUCAUAGUAGCCGCUACCAAGUCGGGACAGCAUCAUGUCAGCGGCGGAGGGACCUUCGUAUUGGCUGGGGAAUGAAACACUGAAAGUGCCAGCUGCUCUGUUUGCCCUGAACAGAAAACGCCUCUGCGACAGACUGAGGAACAACAGUGAUGUUCCCAAAGAUGCCAUUGUGGUCUUGCAAGGUGGUGAGGAGACCAAUAGAUACUGCACAGACACCGGCGUCCUCUUCCGUCAGGAGUCAUUCUUCCAUUGGGCAUUUGGAGUGAUCGAGUCGGGCUGCUACGGAGCCAUUGAUGUCAAUACAGGAAGAUCUAUUAUCUUUGUUCCGAAACUCCCGGAGAGCUACGCUGUGUGGAUGGGAAAGAUCCACCCCCGAGAGCACUUUAAACAGAAAUACGCAGUUGAGGAAGUUCAGUACACGUGUGAUAUUGAAAAAGUCUUGAGUGCAAAGAGUCCAUCAGUUCUGCUCACUCUGCGUGGGGUUAAUACCGACAGCGGAAGUGUUUGCAGAGAGGCCUCCUUUGAAGGAAUUAGCCAAUUUAAUGUGAAUAACACCCUGCUUCACCCAGAGAUCGUGGAAUGCCGUGUCUUCAAGACUGACAUGGAACUAGAGGUGCUACGGUACACUAACCGAAUCUCCAGCGAGGCGCAUAAAGAAGUCAUGAAAGCUGCAAAAGUCCGAAUGCAGGAGUAUGAGCUUGAAAGUGUGUUCUUAAACUAUUGCUACGCACGUGGAGGAAUGAGACACACUUCUUACACUUGUAUUUGUGGCAGUGGUGAUAACUCCUCCAUUCUCCAUUAUGGGCAUGCUGGAGCCCCCAAUGACAAGAUCCUUGAGGAUGGGGACAUGUGCCUGUUUGAUAUGGGAGGAGAAUAUUACUGCUACAGCUCUGACAUUACCUGUUCCUUUCCUGCCAAUGGGAAGUUCACUGCCGACCAAAGAGCUAUUUAUGAGGCUGUGCUGAAGGCAUCCCGUGCAGUCAUGAAUGCAUUGAAACCAGGUGUGGCAUGGCCAGAUAUGCAUCGUCUGGCUGACCGUAUUCAACUGGAGGAACUGACUAAGAUUGGCAUCUUGAAGGGCAAUGUUGAGGACAUGAUCAAGGCUCACAUGGGAGCAGUCUUCAUGCCACACGGAUUGGGUCAUUUCCUUGGCAUUGAUGUUCAUGAUGUUGGAGGCUACCCAGAGGGUGUUGAACGCAUUGACUUGCCUGGUCUAAAAAGUCUCCGCACUGCUCGGACUCUGCAAGAGAGGAUGGUCCUCACCAUAGAGCCUGGAAUCUACUUCAUUGAUCACGUUCUUGAUCAGGCACUGGCAAAUCCUGCUCAGUCAUGUUAUAUCAACAACCAUGUUCUCCAGCGCUUCAGGGGAUUUGGUGGGGUACGCAUAGAAGAUGAUAUUGCUGUCACCUCUAAUGGCAUGGAAUUACUGACCUGUGUUCCUCGUACUGUAGAGGAGAUUGAAGAGUUCAUGGCAAAUUCAAAAGACCAGGGCAAAACUUUAAGUAGUGUGGUUCUUAGCCAGCAGCUGUGAGUGCUUUUUGAGAAAACCUUCACGGCUGGUUCACUCCUUGUGCCUUUUUGUUGAUCAACUUUUUUUAAAUCUAAAAGCAAAAUAAUUUUCUAUGAAACAAAUUGCCAAGAAAAAAGCACAGUUCCAAUCCUGUUCUUAAUAAUCUGCUUUUGUAGUGAUUGAACAGUCAGUAAAAUGAAAUACAACGGCCCGCAGUGUUCACUAAGUGGAUGCAGUUUCUUGGCGUAACAGUUUAGGGAUCUUGGCACAUCUAUGUUAUUGCUUUUCAGAUAUAUCGAUUACCAAAUAAAUGCAUUUAACAAUUCAGGACUAUAGAGGGGUUCUUUUUUGUUUAUAGAUUCAGCUUGUGUCUUUUACCCUGGGGAAGUAGCAAUAAAAAAAAUGUGCACUGA